CUCUUCAAGAUGGCGGCCGCAGGCGGCGGCGCGGUGAGAAGCGGCAGUGCAGAGUGAGGCGGCCGCGGCGCCUUCCCGCCCCCCCCCCCCGGCCCCGCGUCUCGGCACCGGCCCGGGGCGUGCUCGGGCCUGCUGCAGGGGUGGAGCCGCGGGCUGGAGUGAGGCCGGAGCCCGCGCGGACCUUUUCCUGUAGAUGGGAACGGGGGAAGGAACGUGGCAACACAUUCUCAGGCUCCUGCAGGACCACCAUGGCUUAUGAUGACUCCAAGAAGAAAGAAGAGUUCCUAGAGAGUGACCGAAGUAUCGAUGACGUGGGGCUGGCAACUGGCAGGAUACAGCGAGAGAAAAAGCGCUCCUACAAGGAUCUGCUGCCAGAAGAAGACGAGAUAGCAACUCAGGACAGUGAGCUUUUUCCAGGGACAGAACCUCACAAAAAGAAGAGAAAGCACUCCUCCGAUGAGUUCUGCUACAGAGGUGUUACGCCUUUGGAUCUACCAUCAAAGAAGAAGAAAAAAGCAGUUUCUAGCCCAUCCUCAGCUGAUACAACCAUGGAUUUACUCAAGGCUAUUACCUCACCUUUGGCCACAAGCUCAAAGUCUUCAAAGAAGACAUCUGAAAAAUCAUCUUAUUCUUCCUCUGGCCAUUCUGAGAGCAAGAAGGAGCACCACAAGAAGAAGCUGAGUGGGAGCAGUGGGGAGCACUCAGUGGACGAUGGCAGCUUUCACAAAUCUAAAAAAAUGAAACCUCUCUACGUGAACACAGAGACACUUACUCUUCGUGAACCUGAUGGCUUGAAGAUGAAGCUCAUCCUUUCACCGAAAGAGAAAAGUAGCGCAGCAGAUGAUGAUUCUUUCUCCUACUCUUCAGCACCAGCAGCUGCAAAGAAAUCUUCAAAGAAAUCAUCUCGAGAUGAGCAAGGCUCAUUCCUGCUGGGUCAUGAACUUCAGAGCUUCCUGAAGUCAUCCCGGAAGAAGCACAAACCACCUCCAGACUCACAUCCAUCUUCUGAGAGUUUUGGUGCUGACACCUCCCAUUUUUCAGAGGGCCAUGGGAGCGAGUAUGAGAUUUCAGGUAUGGAGGCACUGCCAGAAUCUGGUUCCUCUUCUGGUGGGGAGUUGGAGGCUGGAGAGCUAGUGAUAGAUGACUCCUACCGGGAAAUCAAGAAGAAGAAGAAGUCAAAAAAAAGUAAGAAAAAAAAAGACAAGGAGAAACACAGAGAGAAGAAGCACUCUAAGUCUAAAAAGAGUUCUGGGCACACUCCUGUGGCAGUAGCAGAAGUAACAGUGUCACCACCACCUCCUCCCAGUACCCCCUAUGUUCUUUCUCCACCUCCUCCUGCUGUUUUUCACUCAGAUGGUCAAGGUGAGAAGAGGAGGAAAAAGGAAGACAAGGAGAAGGACAAAGCUGAGAAAUGGGAAAAGGAAAAGGAAAGAGAAAAGGAAAAGGAAAGAGAAAAGGAAAAGGAAAGAGAAAAGGAAAAGGAAAAAGAAAGAGAAAAGGAAAAAGAAAGAGAAAAGGAGAAGGAAAGAGAAAAGGAAAAGGAAAGAGAAAAGGAAAAAGAAAGAGAAAAAGAAAAGGAAAGAGAAAAAGAAAAGGAAAGAGAAAAGGAAAGAGAAAGAGAAAAACCAAAGAAGAAAAAUAUGUCUGCCUAUCAAGUCUUUUGUAAGGAAUAUCGUACAACUAUUGUGUCUGAGCACCCUGGAAUAGAUUUUGGAGAGCUAAGUAAAAAACUGGCAGAAGUGUGGAAGCAGCUACCUGAGAAGGAUAAACUGAUCUGGAAACAGAAAGCUCAGUAUCUCCAACACAAGCAGAAUAAAGCAGAAGCCACCACUGUGAAGAGAAAGGCAUCCUCUUCAGAUGGUGCACCAAAAAUAAAAGCUUCUCCAACGGGAGUGAUUUCCCCUCAUAAGAAGUCCCCCACCAGCACCGUGGUGGUGUCUUCCUCACCAGCCAAAGUCCCCGAGACAGAUCCAAUUGAUGUAGCUGCACACUUGCAGUUGCUGGGUGAAUCUCUGAGCCUCAUUGGACACAGACUGCAGGAAACAGAGGGAAUGGUGGCUGUUUCAGGAAGUUUGUCGGUACUUCUAGAUUCAAUCAUCUGUGCUUUGGGCCCGUUAGCAUGUCUGACCACACAGCUACCUGAGUUGAAUGGCUGCCCCAAGCAUGUUUUGUCAAAUACGCUAGACAACAUCGCCUACAUCAUGCCUGGACUUUGAUGGGAAAGGAUCCUGGGAUGUACCCAACUUCUGCAUAACUGACUUGUGUACAUAUGCACUACGCCGGCACUCCUGAAGGGCUCCGUGUGUAGGGUUUUAAAGUUUUAUAUCUGUAUAGUAUAUACAUAGGAUUGUAACAAGUUGACUUCUAUUUUACGAAAAGUUGUGAAGUUAAGCUGAGAAAACCCUUUUGUGUUGGUGGGUGAAAUGUCCUCCAACCUGAAAGUAUUUUGUAUGAAGAAUUCAGAAAGCUUUUGAGACACUCGCCUUAAAUUCAGAUCCUUUAGUGGGGGAAGCAGCCAGAGAAUGGACUUCUCAAUGUAAAGAAAAAAACAUCACCGUGAGAGAGGUCAUUGAAACGGGCAGCCCAGAGAGGUUGUUCCCUCUCCAUCCUUGAUGAUAUUCAAAAAGUGAAUGACCAGCUUGCUCUAGUUGGACUUUCUUUAAGCAGGGAGAUGGACCAGAUGACCUCCCAAAAUCCCUUCCAACCUAAAGUGUUCUGAUAUUCAAUGGGCAGAUAGAGAUGACAAUAUAUUUUGGACCAAGGAAUAGAACUGAACUCUUCACCAGCCCUGUUUCUAACUGGUUUUCAGUUUAAAAUAUCCCACUUGAGGGCAAAGCUGGAUAGCUGAUACAGAGGUUUUUGCCUUUUGGUCACUUCUUCCAACGCCCCCUCUUCAGUCAGUAAUAACUGAAAGUUGUCAGCAUCAGUUGGCUGGUCUGGUAGCUGGCAUGUGACGUCAAGUGGACGAUGACAAUGAAUUUAAUCUUUUGUCGUGGACUUGCACCCAGAUCGUCAUUAGCACGAUAUAUCAACCAACUUCAUUGGCUUGAGAGAAUGAGCCUCCUGCUGAUUUUUCCAGGGCAUGAUCAGCCUGCUUUGACAGAUAGGAGCGUGGAAGCAGAUGGAAAAACUUGGAUUGCUUCUGCCCAUCUUGCUCCUGUUUUGUGAACAGACAGCUUUGUUUUCUGAGAUCGCUCACCCCCCGUCCCUUUCACCAGCAGUAUUGAAAGAGCCAUGGUGCUGCUGCAAGGCAGGGACUCAUGACCAGUCUGAAGCAGUUAUGGCUGAGUAAGGCUCAUGUGGGUUGACUGGACCGAUUCCCCUUCCUUCCAGCCACAUACUUGGUAUUUGGUUUUCUGCUCCUCUAGAAGGAGAGCACUUGAUUCUCAUAUAGGCUUUUGUGUGUCUGUAUGUACGUGUAUGUGGUGUUCAUAUCAUAUGUAUUUAACUUUUACCAGUAUCUGUAACAGAUUUUAAUUUAUCCUGUAUAUUUCUCUGUGUGUGUAUAUAUAUACAUAAUUUAAAAGAAAAAACCCCUCCCACCACCAACAGUGUGUGGAAAAUAGGAAUCAAGUUUGCCUCACCCCACUUCCUGCAGGAAUCAGUUCCAUGCAUAAUAGUAAGCAUUGGCAUUGUAUGGGGAAACACCAGUAAGAUUUUUAAGUGUUUGUAGAAACAGGCUCUUGUGGAGGUAGGUAGAACAACUGAAAUAUAAUUUUACUCUAGCCUUUCCAGCCUUCUAACAGAAAAGUUUUUAAAUGACAGAAGAGCACAUUUUUACUUCCAACCUGAAGUCUAGCUUGUUUUAUCAGGGCAAUUGAAGGUGAGCUGUCCCUCGUUGUGUCUGAGCCUCAAGUCACAUUUAAAUUAAAUCCUCAGGUGUGCAGGAGGGUUUUUUCUCCCCAUUCCUCUUCACCAUGUACUCCCCAGCUGCACCUGUACGAGGUAGUCUGUCUCUUACUGAGCUUUUCUCGGUGCAGUGUUAGGCUUUCUCAGUCAGAUAGUGGAGGAGGCAGAAGGUUCUCAGACCACGCUACAAGUUCUCAACCCAAGCCUCAGCCCAGAGCAUACGUGUUUUAACAAUACGUGACUAAUCCCAGUGAGCCUGGAAUUGGGAAGGGCCCAGGAGGGAGGCAGUUGGAUCCCGCUCCAGAUCCUGGCCCGCACUAAAGCACCUGCAGUUGGGAGAGGCACACUGUAACCAGCUCUUUCCAGCCCUUCACAGCAGAAAGCAUUCUGGUGAAAGGGUAGAUCUGCUCUCUUAAGGAACAGAAGGGGUUCAGCUUCAGCUUUAUUGGCCGAACAAUGAAAAACUCUCGAAGAGUGAAGAACACACACAACCCUGGUGUAUUGUAUUUUUAUUUAAAAUUUGUACACUUUGUAUAAUCUGUAUCUUGUGGUAUUUGGUACUAGAGGGAAAACUUUGGCAAGACUUAGAAGUUUUUAUAUUUUUGUUAUUUCCUUGCUGUUUGAUCCAGAUUACGUUACAAUUAUACAAAGAAACUUUUUUGUACUGUACUUACAAUAUAAUUUUUUUUUAACA